CCAUGCAGGGGUGACUAGGAUCAAGUUUCAAAUCAUGUAAGCAGAAACCUAAGAUAGUGACUAUGAAUCGCUUCCAUUCACAAGAAAAAUGUUAACGUUCAACUUUGGUAUUUCCUGCAAAGAAGGCAUGUAAAGGGAUUCCUAUUAAAGCGGGACCCAUUUACGUGAGGUUUUUUUUGUGUAUAGUGUGUCUAUUCAAAAAUGAGUUUGAAUGCAUUGUGGAGCGAAUAUGCUUGAGUGAACCUGUGAAGUGUUGGUGUUAUACCAGGUAUAGUGAAGCACACCGUAUAGCCCUGAGGCAACACAGACAGAAAAAAGGUGGGAUGGUUUGGUUAACGCUACUGAGCCUAUAGAUAGUGUAUACACACAUGCAGAAGGGGGUUCCCAGAGGCAGAUGGUGACUGAGGAUAUAGUUUACAGGAGUUGGCAUGCAUUGUGGGGGAUUUAUUUUUCUGUGAAUGACUGCCAUAGUGGUGUAUUCCGAUCUACAUACUGAUUGUCUGUUUUGGUGUUGAAAGCACGUGUGUCUGUUAUGAACGGGAGUUAAAUGUCUGACCCCAAAUUUCUCUCAGCAGUAUAGUUGGAAUAGAUUAUUGCUAUUAUUAACAUUCACGCAGGAAAAAAACUGUGUUAACUUGGAUGAAUUUAUUUUCAAAAAUCAGUGCCUUCUGUGCAGAAUGUGUUGUCUGUAAUAUGAGUGAUGGUGGUAAGAGGGAAAGUAAGCCAUAAUGUCAAGCGAGGGCCGUGAAUCCAGCAAUGGGAUAGCUUCUAAAUCUGACAGUCCAGAAAUCAAGAAAUCCAAAGAUGCUGCAUCCGGGCCUGAUGCUGACUCGUCCUCAAAAACACGACGUCCGCCAAACGUUAUCCGUCCUCCUAGUAACCUCCCACGAGUGGAUGAGGAACCCUCCACAUCAGAACCAGUACGGGAGGUUGAGACUGUUGAUCGGGGGGUGGGGCCCACCCCACUACCACCCCCAAUAGAUCCAAGACUUCCACAACAGAGUCCUUAUUAUGGUGUACAGUCUCUUCUGGACCCCAGAAAUGGUUUAUUGGACUAUCCUUAUGGAUUCAACAUUAAUCCUUAUCGAUACUACAACAUCCCUUACCACAUCAACAACCCAAUACCAUUGAACUCCCACACACUGGAGGGACGAUAUCAGUGGCCUCAGCCAGGGCCAUAUCAUCAGCCUAUGCCUCCUGGCAUUCCUCAUAGUCCUUUAUCAGACGUUCCAGCUCUCAGUCUACGAAGCCCUUUAGCACGAGAACCAGUCACAAACUUAGCAGCCCGCAUUCACUGGGAACAGCUUCAGCGAAACUAUUAUCAACAAAGUCCCCUAUCACAACGAAGAUAUAGUCCAUCCAGUUUGCCAGGAUUACCACUAGGAGGUCCUGGUUCCUUGUAUGGUGAUUACCCUCCUAGUCAUGUGUCACACAGUGGGCGGAGCAUGUUUGGGGACAUUCCUCCCACCCCAGGAAGUGGAAGUAUAACCCUCCCUGGAUCAUUGGAAGGUUCGCGUCUGACCAGUCCAAGACCUAGUAUUGUUGGUCGCAGUCGGAAGCGAGCCCUGUCCCACUCUCCGAUCUCUGACUUCCUUGACAUUCAGAGUCUAACUCGCAGCUCCGAGGGGUCACUACAAUUCAAUCCCUUUAACCUGAGCACCCAUAAUUCUCGAAGCUCAAGUGCUGCCAGUGGGUCAUAUGGACAUUUGUCUGCAGCAUCUUUGGGGGCUGUCAGUCCUGCACAUCAGACACAAUUGCCCUAUUUUAGACCCACUGCCAGCAGCAUGCAGGGCCCACCCUUCAUGCAUCCCAUGAUGCAACAACCCAUGAUGGCUCCUGGGAGGAUGCACCAGGGUGGGCCCAUGGGAAUGCCCCCCUCUACACAGACAUCACUGCCACCUCAGCAGCCUCCACCUAAGACUGACCAUUCACAGUCACAGAUUUCUACAACAACAAAGGAUGCAGGCAGCAGUGUUGUAAGCAGUACUGUUGAUCCCAACCCUAUAGAGGUCAAAAAGUCAAAGAUUAAGAAAGAGGCAGAAUCACACCAUGGAUCACAUAGAGAUUUGCAUGAUGAUGAUGAAAAGCCCACUAUUGACUCUCAGGGAAAACAUAUCCCAGUGGAAGGGGAGCCAGACUUCAUAGAAACAAACUGUCACUGGGAAAACUGUUCCCUCGAGUUCCCCACUCAAGAUGACCUGGUGAAGCAUAUUAACAUAGACCAUAUACAAGCCAACAAGAAGAUGUUCAUCUGUCGGUGGAAGGAGUGUAGUCGUGAGGAGAAACCAUUUAAGGCCCAGUACAUGUUGGUGGUUCAUAUGAGGCGCCACACAGGAGAAAAACCUCACAAAUGCACAUUUGAAGGUUGCAACAAAGCCUACUCUCGCCUGGAAAACUUGAAAACACACCUCCGAUCCCAUACAGGCGAGAAGCCUUACAUGUGCGAGUUCCCUGGCUGUACUAAAGCCUUCAGUAAUGCCUCAGAUAGGGCGAAACACCAGAACAGAACUCACUCUAAUGCUAAACCCUAUAUAUGUAAGGCUCCAGGGUGUACAAAACGUUAUACUGACCCAAGCUCUCUAAGGAAGCAUGUGAAGACUGUCCAUGGUCCAGAGUUCUAUGCCAACAAAAAACAUAAAGGUGACGGGACAUGUAAACAAGAGAGGCGGGAAGAAGGAGAUCAGGACCCAGAUAAAAAAGAUGACAGUCAUAAGAAGGUGGAGGAAUGUCUGACAGUAACCCCCCUUCAUGCACUGGGAGGAGAACGACGUCAGUCUCAGGACAGUGUGGGGGGUAAUGGGAUGGGUCCUCACCACCAGUCUUCACCAGACAGCAGUCCUGAGGUGAAUGUCACAUGUAAUAACCAACCAGAUCUCAUUGAGGACCACACCUCCCAUGUGAUUGACAGGCAUGGUGACCUUGAGGAAGAGGAGGACAUUCCAGAGCCGGAGGAUGUUGAGAUUCAUGGGACAGCAACAGUUGUUGCUAGAACUAACAGACUGAACACAACUAGGACUCUUCAGCAAAAGUUAAAAACCCUGCCAAGCAAAGUAACUCUACCUCAGAUAUCCACAUCAGGUAACCAACAGUGUAAUCAGACUCCGUUCACAGACCUCAGCACUAAAGCGCUACACCUUAAAAAUCCUCAGAUCAAGCGUCUUACUCAAGAUCUCAAUAAUCGUAAUGAGCUGGUUCCUGGAAAUAUAUAUGGAGUUGGCCGUCGAGACAGUAAUACAAGCACGAUCAGCUCGUACAUGUCCAGUAUGAGGUCAGAAACGAGUCCUUUCAAUCCUGGUAGCAAAUUCUCCAGCAGACGCUCGAGUGAGGCUUCUCAGAUAUCUGCUCGUCUCAGCAUUACAAACUCACCUUACGAGUACGAUAUCACAGGAAACCUACCUAUGCACAUGCAGCAAGGUCAUAGUCGUCGCUCAAGUGAAUCGAGCAACAGCAACAUCAGCAAUAUGGCUGCCCAGUUUUCAAAAACUCACUUGGGGAGUCACCCAAAUCUCAUAGUGCAAUCUCAAGCUAUUACCUUACGCAGCCCACAUAGCAAAUCACGAGAACGUGUUCAGAGGUUUUUAUCAGCCAGGCAUGACCUUGAUGGAGCUAGGACAAGUACGCCCUGUAGAACCCCCCUCCCUCACGAGAUCCCUAAUCAAGAGAGGAGGAGGGCUAGUGACCCCGUUCGGACACUGGAUCCAAACUUUAGUGCUCUCAAACGCCUUCAGAGGUUCCACAGCCUUAAUAUGAUGAGGCCGCUACCUGUCCCACAGAACAUGAAGUCAUUACUGACAAAAACAGACUCCAACUGUACAUUUAAUUCGUCAAGAAGUAGCAUAGCUACUGAUAAUAGUGUGCAGGAAAAUGAUGAGUAUGAGAACGCUGCCGAGUUUGAUAAUGAGAUGGAGCUCCUGGAGAAGAUGAUGGAUGAUAAUGAGGAUAUGUUGAUUCCGGAUGACAUGCAGCGCUUCCUCAAUGAGCAUUAUUACCACUUGGAUAACUCAAUAGCAGAGACAGAAGUUGCAGCUUCAUCUAGAGCAAGUAUUAUGACUCAAGACAUGAACCAGACCACUCCCCUCCCAGGAGAUAUGGAUACCAAUAUGCAGGUUAAUGGUGGUUACUAUGGAAAUCAAGGCAGUAAUCAGGAUAUGAUGUACAACAAUACAAGUGGAAUGCAACAAUUCAAUAAUAACACCAGAUUACAAAACUGUGGUGAUAUGAAUCAAAACAAUAUGCAACAAAAUAUGAUGCAAACUAUGCAAAACCAUAAUAUGCAAGUUAUGGGUGGCAAUAUGCCAAUGAAUCCUGUGUGUAAUCAAGGAUUUAAUAAUUUGCAAGGAACUCAAGCAAACAUUCAGAAUAUACCUCAAGGUUCAAAUAUGAUGCAAACUGGAAUGCCUCACACUUCUAAUUAUGAAAAUGGCCCUCUCAUGUCUUCCAGUGGACCAAUGCCCCAUCCCCCUAAUGUUCCCAUGCCUCAUCCUCCAAAUGGUCCCAUGUCUAAUACCCAGAACUCACACUUACCACAUCGAAAUAUAUCACAACCUUCCCCCGGAAACCAAAUGUACAGGACUAUGCAACAAAACAUGAACCCACAAAUGAUGCGAAUGAACAUGAAUCAAAAUGUGAACAUGAACCAGUGGAAUACAAUGAACAAUACUAACCAAGGAAUACCUAAUCAGCAAUUCAUGAAUAACUCCCUUCCAUCUCAAACAAACAUGCCUCAUCCCCCAAAUAUGCCCAAAGGGUUAUCUCAGAAUGCCAUGCAACAACCAAUGGGAGGCAUGAUACACCAACCCCAGCCUCCCAUCAACAAACGAGAAUCAGAAAGUCCUCAAGUCCAGGUGCCACAUAUCAGUACAUCUCACAUUCCACCUAGGGCUAAGGGCAGAAAUCAGAUGGUAAUGCGCCAGCACCAACAACAAAUGUACAACAACCAGCAACAGCAGCAGGCCAUGUAUAACCAGAACCAGACUGGGAACAUGAUGCCCCAGCCUCCCUGUCCUCCAAUGUAUCCACAGAAUUCCCCAAAUAUGAUGUACAGACAGAACCUAAAUAUGGAGCCACAGAUGGCAAAUAACCAGCCCACACCUAACCAGCUGAUGCCACAGUCAGCUUACCCAACACAGAUGGAGAUGUCACCAGGAUGUAACCAGGUUACCAGUUCUACGGACAGGAAAGAGGCUCCACCACCACCUCCUCCCCAACCCCAGCAUCCCCCACCACCUAUCAUUGAAGAAUUCAUGGAAAACAUUAACUCAAUUUCUUCAGAGAAUUUGUUGGAUAACAUGAGUUCAAUUUCAGAGGUGUGCACGCCCACUGCUAUGAGCCAUCGGUCAGCAUCGCAGUCUUCUGUGAGAUACAAUGCAUCUUUGCUGAGUUCUAAUAACAUGGUGGUCAAUGAUAUGAGUUCUGUAUUAACCCAACUAGCAGAGGAAAAUAAGUACUUAAAUAUGAGGCACUGAUGAUAGCUUCAAUAAAAAGAAGGAAGAUAUAAUCUGUUUUCUUGGAAAACGUGUUCUUAAAAGUGCUGUAUUUGAUUACAGUGAUUUCAGCUGUGUAGUGAACGGAACACUUCUUAGUCUUUUUAUAUCAGGUAGAAGUGAGGAUGUACAUAAAUGUGAAUGCCAGAUUCAUUUUUUUUUUUAUAAUUCAAGGAAAAUUUCUUGUAAGUGCCAAGAAGUUUGACUUCUGACUAUGAAUUUUGGUGUGCUAGGUUGAAAGAGAAUAAAACCUAGAUCAGAAACACUUGAUGUUCUGCACAAAAGAUGUCUUUCACAUACAUUUCAUCUUGGGGAAAAGUGACAACAAGCUGGUUUCGGUGCUGAUCAAGUCUUCCAGGACAAAUUAUUGGAGUGUAUAUUUCUCUGAUUUUCUUAAUGCCAUUGACAUUAUGAAGAUCAAUUGUUUAUGAUUGAUUAUUUUUGAAAACACACAUGUAUGCCUUGUCUCUAUUAAACUGGGCAGUCAGAACUGUCAACAGUCAAUUACCUUAUAUACUGUGUUGUCAUAAAAUGUUAACAAAAAUUUGUAUCUCAUUAAAUCUUUUAUUAUCAUGUAUUAGUUGCAUACAUUUUAUCACAUAUUUUUCAUUGUACAUUUUUUAGUGAAGAUUUAGUGCUUUUUUCAUCAGUUUAGUGCUUUUUUGAAACCAUUUCAUUGAUGCUCCUCUAAUAUCACUUGUUUAAUAUUUAAAGAUUUUAUGUAUCGGUCAAAAAGGACUUUACAAGAGAUUGUUUGUCACAAAAAAUGUGCCUUGUGGAAUAUAUAUAUUUUGAUUUCUUUCUUUUAUAUAAAACACAUUUUUUGUGUUAGUACUCAUAAAUAAAUGGCUCAAAAACAAAAAUCAAAUUUAUAGUUUAAGAAAUACUCAAUGGUUUUUUUGGGAAAGAAAGAAGACAAAUUGUGUUCCUAAAGAAAUGUGUGUCUUCAUAUUUCUCUGAGCAGAAGAACCUCAUUUAUUGUAGUUUCAUGACAUUAUGUGGGAGGGGGUGUAACUUUUCAUUAGCAUGAUCAGCAUAAGUAAAUUUCAUGAAUUCAUGGGUAUUUUCUGCCUUAGCUUAUUAUGUGUUAGACACUUAUUUGGUAUAGACAGAAUGUGCUCGUGAAAUCCUGAAACUUUACGGAGACAAGUACAGAGAUUUUUGACAGUAUUUUGUAGACCUAUAACUGUACAUGGUACACAUUUCUUUUCAUCAGGUGUUGAUCUCUUCAAAGGGCAGCAUUUAAUAUGGAUUCUUCAUGUUAAAGAGGAAAAAUUUUCAAUAAAGAAAUAAGAUGAUAUCUGUGCAGAUUUUUCAAACCUUGAAAGGUUCUUUAAAUUUUAUGUGUUAUAGAAACCUGCAGUGUACUCUGCAUUUUGAUGAAGUAGUGAUCAAAAGGGCUCAAACAUCUGAAAUAGUUAUUGCAUGUAGUAAUACUUAAAAGUUACAAACAGGGUAUCUGAGAAAUUUAACACAUUGAAUGAACAGGGUAAAUGCCAAACUAUUAGCUCCCUUUAGCAGAUGUGUAUAUAUGAUUCACAAUCACUUCUGCUUUUGGAUAAGGUUUAAUUUUCUUAGUUUGAAAUUGCAGAUUGUCAGAGAGGCAGAUUUGGUGCUUAACAUGGUCAAUACCUGUUUAGAUUUGGAUUUUUUUGUUGAGCGUCUGGACAUGAAGGUAAACAUACAAUGAUGUUAACUCGGAAUUUUUUUCAAGUGUUUACUAUUUAAGGUUGGGUUUUCAUUAAAAAAAUAAUUAAUUUAGUUGUUAAGUUAUAGGUGGGGGAUGUUCUCAAUAUCGGAAUAACAUUUAUGCAUGUUUUCAUGUCCAUUUAGUUAAGAGAAUAUUUUUUAAAGGUUAGUGUAUAUUUUAGAGGUUUUGAAUCUCAUUUUGCAACAUUUGGUGCAUCACUGUAUUUCUACAGAUUUUUAUUAAUGUUGAGAUUAUUAUGAAUGGUUGUUACAUGAUAUUGAUCGAAGUACCUUUUUUUAAGUGCUAUUACAUGAGGCGUAAUAAAUUUUUACUUAUAAAUGUACAUACUUUAUUUUCUUUUCAUGCAUUUUCAACAUUUUCACUUUGACAUUAGUGAUUUUAGUUACAUUCUUAUACAAUGUGUACAGAAGCAUCACUUAAAAUGCAAAAUGUUUAAUCUAUGCAAGUUUUUUUUUUUUUUUAAAGAAUCUUAUCACUGCAUUUUCUGUGAUCUAUGUUUUGAAGAGAAAUUUUUAAAAUAUGAGCAAAAUGUUAGUGAAAUAUAUUGUGUUUGUUUAUCAAUUAUAUG